GGUGGGUGCCCGGAUGUAGGCGGUUCCCCGCCCCUCCCACAGUCCAGGCGCCUCCAGGAUGGAGAGAGCCCGAGUGGCCGCUUUGUCUUCGCUGCCGCUGCUGAGAAACGCCAGGCCGGGCCUGCAGCUGAGGCGGCGGAGCGGGGCCCCGGCCGCCAGGUGCCUGAGUGACAGGGCCGAGAGGGCGAUGCUGGGUCGGAUUAUCCGAGUGGACCAUGCCGGCGAGUACGGGGCUAACCGGAUCUACGCCGGACAAAUGGCGGUGCUGGGGCAGAGCCCGGUGGGGCCUGUCAUCCAGCAUAUGUGGGAUCAAGAAAAGGAACACCUGGAGAAAUUCAAUGAAUUGUUAGUUGAUCACAGAGUUCGGCCAACCCUUCUAAUGCCUUUCUGGAAUGUUGCAGGAUUCAUGUUGGGUGCUGGAACAGCUCUUUUAGGAAAGGAGGGUGCCAUGGCUUGUACAGUAGCAGUUGAAGAAAGUAUAUCACAACAUUACAACAAUCAGAUCCGGAUGCUAAUGGAAGAAGAUCCAGAAAGACACACAGAGUUACUUGAAGUUUUAAAGAAAUUCAGAGAUGAAGAAAUGGAGCAUCAUGACACAGGAUUAGCACAUGAUGCAGAAAUGGCACCUGCUUAUUCAUUAUUGAAGAAUAUUAUACAAGCUGGAUGCAAGGCUGCUAUCUACAUAUCUGAACGCAUUUAAACAUUUUCUCCACAAAAUCAAUCCAACUCUGUAUAAUCUGUAAUAUAGAUUACCAAUACACAGUAAAAUAGGAUAAUGUCAUAACUUAUUUUAGUAUGAACUGAUCUCAUAAUGUUUUCAAUUAUGAAAAUAAUAUGUGUCUGUGUAUGCUGUAACGCUCUGCCUAUUUCCCAGGCUCACUUUGUGUUUAAACCUGGAGUGUCUAUGAAAUGCCCUGGUUCCCUGAGUAUUGGAGAAUUAUCCAGUUUUCUUUACAGUCAGCACAUGCUCAGUUCACUGGCACUGUUUAAAAUUUGAGUGUGAAUUCAAAUUCAGGGGCUGUGGAGAAAAAGUCUACACAAUCCAGUGCUAACUUUUUCCAUGCUUAACCGUAAAGCCACUGCCUCAGCCAAGCAAACCAGGAAGGUCCCAUGUUUCUGCUGAAUUUGUUGAUCUCAGCUCUGUAUUUUUUUUGCUGGCUAAAGUUUGCCAAGAGCGCUGGCAACGUGAUGACCAGGUUGUUUCUGCUCGAGGUGGCAGCAUGCUUUCCGCUGAACUUUAUGGGAGGCAGCGAUUAGUAGGUUGCUGCUUCAUUCGCCAUCCAAAUAAGCUUGGUGGGUGGGUUUGGGAGGUGGAAGGUGCAGACAGCGCCAGGGAGGCUGACAGCUCCCAGUGUGUGACCAGUGGGAGAGGUGCUGAGGCCCAAGCUGCAGGAAUGGCAGGGAAGCACUGGUGGUAUCAGGAGAGUGGCUGAGACCUUAUUAGGCCCAUGUCGAUUGGGGACACUCUUCUCCAGGAAUCUCACACUCAGUGACAAGGCUGUGGCAUGGGAAGACAACAGCCUUGCCAUUUUCUGCCUGAAACAUUUGGGUCUCCUUCAGCUGUAAUGCAGUCUUGACCUCCUGCUGUGCAGCCGCUGCCUCUCACUUGCUGGGGUGCGGACACAGCCGGGUUUGGGGUGGGUGGUGGGGGGGCACCUGGCCAUGCAACACUGGAAAUAUUGCAGUCCUGGUGUGAAAAAUCCCUAUUAAAUGGCUCCUUAAUUAGCUUGAUUGCAUUCCUGCUGUUGCUGGAUGGGUUACUGACUGCUCCUGGGAAAAGCAGGAGGAGGCAGGAGUAUGUCAGUGAUGCUUUUUAAUGCAUUUUUCCCUGACCCCCUCAUUGCCAAAGCCACUUCCAUGGCGCUAAAGAAAUCCUGUCCUAUGUGGAGAGAAAUUUGAUCCACAGCCUUAACUUGUGAUCACUACCUAGCUAGCGAUCAGCAAUCAUUGGCAAUUAUUUCCUGUCCUGUCAGAUCGUUUCUGUGCUGAAUGUCAAGGCUUACAUGAAUAAAAACCAAAACAAAAACAGAAUUACCUGGAAAAACUCAGCAGGUCUGGCAGCAUCGGCGGAGAAGAAAAGAGUUGACGUUU